UCGGAUACUGAAACAUGUUGGUGAUUUGGUAGCUGUGGCUUCAUUAACAGAUGAAGCUAGGUGUAUGGAUCUUGCAGAUCGCUAUAUAAACAGUUAAUCUGUGAAGCGAAUGUUGCAGUCUGAUUAGUGGCUUUGGCAGGAAAAACUGCUGUUUUGUUCACGAAAGAUGGGGGCCAGCACAACAACCUUCAAGACAUACGGUGCAUGUGGUAUGAACUUGCUUCUGAUGAAAGUUACUUUCGACAUGGUGAUUUUGGACGGGCCCUGGAGAAAUUUAUAGCUGUGGAGAAGCACUAUGCUGAUAUUACUGAAGAUCAAUUUGAUUUCCAUUCUUAUUGUUUGCGGAAAAUGGCACCACGUGCAUAUGUUGGAAAGCUAAAAUUUAAAGAUUGGUUGCAUUCACAUGCUUAUUUUCACAAAGUAGCAGCUGGAGCCAUUAGCAGCUUUAACAGGGACUGUGGCAAUUAACCUAUCAUGGGUUACCAACAUCCAGGUUUAUCUUUAAUUUCUUGUGCAAUCCUUUCUUUGUAGGUUGUAAUCAUUUUUUCAUCUUUGGCCAAUAUUUUGUAUAUUCUUGUAUUAUCCACAGAAGCCUUUCUUAAUUUGAUCUAAUUUCAUAAUGCAUAUUUCUAUGGCAUUGCUUUUUGUAAUAGGAUAUGCAGGCAUUAUCUUUGAAGAAUUUCUAGCCUUCAAUAAAAGUGGAAUAGAUUGUUGAUGGCUGUGAGUUUAUGGGUGGUAAGGAGCAUAGGGGUAAGAAUGAUUCUCAGAUGUUUAGGAUUGGACUGUGUUUUUCUGCUGUCCCUCUUCUUGUAGUUUGCAUCGUUUUUUUCUCAUUGAGGCUUUGUUAUGUCAUGUUUUGAUUUUUUUUGUGACACGUUUAUCUAUAUUAGUUUAGUUUUUGGAAUUUAACUUUUUGAAAAACCCCUUAGUUGUGGCUUCUUAAGUGUGGAUAUUAUUUAGUAGUUGUCUGCUCUAAGCGAAUGGCUUGCAUGAUAAGGAGGAAUUCAAUUUCUGUGCCUCUUGUGUAUGUAUAUUUUGCAAGUUUCUUGUUUUGUUUGUUACAAUCUUUUUGUUGUAGGAUAGAAUAGUUUUUUUCUUUUAAUUUCUGAAACUUAAUUUUGACGAGGAUAGAAAUUGCUACUUAAAAAGAAGAUUAU